AUGGUUGGGAUAACUUUUCGAAAGAAAACCUAUGUCACAGUGCACCUGGAAACAUACACAUUUUACAAGGAAUACCAGGAUACUCAUAAGAUGAAGGUGCCACUGGAAACAUUUAUCGCAUUUUGCAUCUUCAAAUAUUGCCCCAGCACCUCUGUUGUUUUAAGAUUCGUGCCAGUAAAACCAACACCAGAGCAAGUAAAAGCAGCUGUUAUAUUAGCUAAAGAGAAUCUCGUUUAUAUGAUAAAUGACUAUGAGGUACCGUGGCCAGUAGCUAUGUGCGUAUAUCCUGUUAUCAUGAAUGAUGACCUCAUAGUGACUGGCCUCUGUGCCGUGGCUAGACAUAUUGCGAUCUUUAGAACCUGUGGUCGGAUACCAGAGGAACAUGAAGAAGGGUUACUUGGUUUCCGCCAUAGUUGUCUCCAAGCACCAAAUGAGGUGUCUAUCUGGACAAAAUUUUGCGAAAUAGAUAUGAUAAAGGCUAUGCAAGAGAUAACAAAUGCUGUGGAGUUAAAAGAAUUACCUAAACAUUUGGUAAGAUUCGAACAUCAUUUGAGGAAGCCUGUCAGGGUUCAUAACAUAUAUAAAGUAGCAAGGAAUAUUAAAAAGGAAAGUGUGAAAGCUGAACAGCAAGCCAAUGCGGGGGGAAAAUCAACAGAUGGUCCGGAGACUAGUGGAACUAGGGAUCCACAACCAAGUACAAGUAGUGGUCCACCUGCAAGCAACAGUGGUAGCUUGCAAUCUGUCGAAGAAGAAGAAUCUGUUGAGAAACUAGACAAAGUUGAGCAACAGCCCAGUGCUGAACUGACUGAAUCAGUAGUAGAUGAGGAGCAAAAGUGUGUUUUAAAAUCAGUGGAUACUGACCAGUCAACUGUAAUGAGCAAGGCAGAUGUUACAAAAGACGAAGGUGAUGCCAAUGAUCAGCAACAAACAGCUGAACAAAAGCCAAGUACUGAACAACCUGCAAAUGCGGAACAACAAGCAAGUUCUAAUCAAACCGAAACUGAUAAGCAGGUCCCUACAGAGAAAUCAUCAAAUGCUGAGAUACAAGCACUUGCAGAUAAACAGACUCCCAAUGAAAGUGGAGAAGGAACAUCAGCUGCACAGAGGAUUGCAAAACCAAGGAAAUGGAAAUCGCUCAGAAAGAGAGAAUGUUUAAUAGAAAGCACCACAAAAAUAGAAGAUCUUCAAGUAAAUCAUGAAUAUGCUGAGGGCCCUUUCUUGACACUCGCAGAUCUUGUGCUGCUGCCAACAUACCAUGUAAUAAUACAAACCAUAGGAGAGCAGCGCUUUGAAUCUCUGCUGCCAACCACGUACAGGUGGUACAAGAAAGUCAUGUCCUUGCAAAAAGUACAGGAUACAUUUGUCUGUUACAUGGACAAGUUUGACAUACAACAGACAACAUCAGAAAAUAUAUCCUUGCCAACAUCUGAAGAUGUCAGCCUUUACAAAACAGAUCCUAAGAGGCAUAAUCCUAGGAAGAGGAUAUACACCAGGGAAGAAGACAUAGAGGCAGCUCUAAGUUUCAUAAAAGAAGGAAUGGAGUUGCCCAUAUCUGAGAAUAAUUACGAACCUGCUUUUGAAUGGAAAGAUAUACCUGAAUAUGCGAGUCCUUAUGCAGGCUUUCUACCUGAUACAAGAGCCCAAAGGAAAUCACAACAAUUAGAAAAUUUGGUACUAGCUGUGCUGAAAAUGGCUACAGAUGGAGAUGUCAUCGUAGAUUUUUGCUCUGGAGGUGGACAUUUAGGUAUCCUGCUUGCAUACCUUCUACCACGAUGCACUAUUAUAUUUUUGGAGAACAAAGUGCAAUCACUGUUCACAGCCAGGGAGAGAAUACAAAAAUUGCGAAUCAAUAAUGUAUUUUACUUCCAGUGCAAUUUAGAUUUCUUUAUUGGUGAAUUUGACAUUGGUGUUGGAUUACAUGCUUGUGGUAUUGCUACUGAUUUGAUCCUGGACAAAUGUGUGCAGGCAAAAGCAAAGUUUGUGGUCAGUCCUUGUUGCUAUGGAUCUCUCCAUUACACAAAUAGAUUGAUAUAUCCCAGGAGCCAAGCAUUCGCAAGUGUACCCAUUGUGAAUUACUUGUGUAUAGCUCAUGCAGCUGACCAAACACACAAGGAGCAUCCAUUGGCAGUCAGAGGCGCCAGAUGCAUGGCAAUCAUUGAUUCUGACAGGGCCCGCUUGGCUGAGGAAAUGGGAUACAAAGUGACACUCAUGAAGCUGAAACCCCCCACCUGUACACCUAAGAACGAUUUAUUAAUAGGGAUACCACCAGAAGAAUAA